UGUCCCAACAUGCAUCGCGGUUUCCUUUCCAAGAUGGCGGCCGUUCAGUAGUAGACGCCGAGUUUUCAGGUGUGGUCUGCUGUCAUAGGUCUGCCGAAUCUGAGGCUUCCAAUCCGACGUUAGUUUCAUCUCUCGUGACGUAAACCGCGCGCACAAUGCCCGGGGCCAUGGCUCCGGUUGGACCGGUGUGUGGUGACGUGGAGCCCGCCGAGCGAACUCCGGCACCGACGCGCGUCAACUCUGCCGCUCUCUCGGAGUUUCUUCGCGAUGAUUUCCGUGGAAAAGCACUCUGAGGGACCACAGGCAUUCGUAGUCUACAAGCGAACGUGGAAGGAGGCAUUCGGAUCGUUUGUACGCAAAGCUUUCGAACCGUCGGGAGCCAUGGCACCAAUGGGGGUGCGCCUGUCCCCCCUGGGGUAUGCCCUGAUAUUCAUACUCAUCGGCAGUGUGGUUCUGUACCUGCAAGUGUGGAUGCGGGGCUCGAGCGACAAGAAGAACCCCAAACUGACUCUGGGGGAAGACGGGGACGUGCGCUCCAUGAGUGUGGACAUAAGCUUGAAGGAGCUGCUCGCAGUUAGUAUUGACUUAGCCGAGAAGGGAGGGGACAAGGUGAGAGAGAUCAGAGAGGCAAACAAGCUGGCAGAGAAGAGCAAGGGGGAGACGAGGGAGGGCGCGAACGACCCGAUGACGGACGGGGACCUCCAGUCCCACAUCGCGAUCGUGCACGGGUUCGAGAAGGUGUUCCCGCGCCUCAAGGUGGUGUCCGAGGAGCACGAGAAGAAAGGGGACGAGACACGCCAGGUCGCGACCCCGAAACUGACCCACCCCGAGGUGGACGAGGUCAUCAAGGCCGACCAGAGGGUCCCCUAUGAGGAUGUGACGGUGUGGGUGGACCCUCUGGAUGCCACGCAGGAGUACACGGAAGACCUGCGGCAGUACGUGACCACCAUGGUGUGCGUGGCCAUCAAGGGCAAGCCGACCAUCGGCGUGAUCCACAAGCCGUUCGAGCACAGGACAGCAUGGGCCUGGGUGGGGCACGGUCACUCCAAGGGGCUCAACGUCCAGGAGAGAAAAGCCGGGGAGGGGCAGGCACAGAAGAUCAUCGUGUCGCGGUCGCACGCAGGCUCGGUAGAGCAGGUAGCCAAGCAGAUGUUGGGCGACAAGACGGAGGUCAUACCCGCGGGCGGCGCCGGCUAUAAGGUCCUCUCGCUUUUCGAGGGGAUCGCCGACGCGUACAUACACGUGACCUUGAUAAAGAAGUGGGACAUCUGCGCAGGGAACGCUCUACUGAACACGGUAAACGGACACAUGACGACGCUGGGUGGGGAGGAUAUAAACUACUCCGCCGAGGGGAACCCCAAGAACGAGGGAGGGCUGCUAGCGACCCUCGUCGACCACCAGAAGUUUCUCGAGAAGUUCGCGCCCGAAGCCAAGAAGCUAGCAGAAAAACACUAGAAGUU